AAAAAAAAAAAAAAAAGGAAAAAUAAAGAAAAAGAAUGGCGAGCCCAGGCAGAGAUGGAGGAGCUACCGGUGGUGCAGGUUCCCGGUUUCCGGCUGUAGACGUGGACAGAGAAUUACAUCCCGGCCAUAACCAGCAUGUAACGGUCGAUCCCAUUUCCUCUCAAGUUGCUGCAUCUGUGGAAGAUAAGGAGCAAGCGAAGAGGAAAGCAACUGUGGAAGAAGAAAGAAAGCAGGCGAAGAAGAAGGAUACAAUGCAGACAUUAAAGACGACGUUCAUCGUCUCCGGCGUCAUCGCCGCCGUGGCGGUGGCGGCCUUCGUCGUCGUUAAGAAAUUACGACAAAACUGAUUCUCUUCUCCCUCAACUUUGCUCCUCCCUGUCUUCUCCAAAUUUUUUAUUUUGUAUUUU